UUAGUUCUGAUAAAAAAUACAGAUCAUUUGGCAUCCGUUUUAUUUGAUAAGUUUGCAGACGAUCAGCCUAUUUAAAGUCAGUGUAGCGCGCGCGCGCGCACGCACGCGUGUGCGUGUUGUCUCGCCCCACAGGGAAGAGAGUGGCUGCUGACAGAGACCACUUGUGCGCAACUGUGGCAGGAGACAGGAAGUCUUUGAGGGCUUCUGGAGCGGACCAGACCGGCAUAUCAAUUAGCAACCAGUGGAGACACUGAGAGUGAUGGCUGAAGGGAGGGCAGGAGAAUAAUAAUAAAAAAAAAGAUCUUCUCUUGUCUCGUCGAUCCACGUGAGCGAGCGAGCGAGCGAGCGAGGAGCGCGCAGCCACAAAAAAAAAAAAAAAAAGACACAGGAGCUCCUUUCGUUGACACUUGCUGAUUUUGCGUUGCGCAUAUGUAGCAGACGCAGUGGAGGAAGCGGUGGAGGCUGGGAUUUGACACUGCUUCUCCCGGCCGGACUGAGGACUUGAAUGGCUUCAACAAUGAACACGAGCUUCUUGCUUGCGCUUGUUUGUUCUGCGGUAUUUUUCACCGGGCUGCAGUGCACCUCGCCAGCGGCGACGGAGCCCACCACGGCCGUCCCCGUCAGUAGCAACGGCAGCGGGGAAAAUGUGGCCAAAAGAGACUUCAAUCAAACAAUCAACUCGCGCUUGAAGAGGAAAACACUGGCUGUGGAUUUUGCCGUCCCCUCUUUGCUGCGCUUUUACCUGGCGGAGUUUGUGAAGAGACCCCUAAAUGGAGACUGCCAGACUUUUCGAGGAUGUUACACAGUCAGCGCAAAGUUAAAAAUGCACUGCAUACCUUUACAGAAAACCAUAGCUACCUUGAUCGAGCAAAAGUCUGCAGCAUCCGCACCAAGUAACGCAUCUGCUGACGGCCAGCUCCCUUUUUUCUCCAAGCGGCCGCUGUCCAAAGUUCUGAAAUUGGGUCUGACCAAAGCCAGUCGCAAAUCCAAUCAAGUGGUGGUGGAAAUAGGAGAGGAUCUCAUCAGGACGGGAUGUGGGGGCUUGUCCGUGUACGACCAGGCUCCCGUGCUCACCUUGGAAAUGGACCUCACAACUAUUCUGGAGUGGUGGCUCGGCGCAGACGGAGGCCGACUGAGAGUUCGGCUCAUGCCCGAGAAAAAGGCGCAGGUGCCCGGGAUGGAGGACCGCUACACUGCGGCCAUCCGAGCGGCGGAUCCCCGCCUCUUUCUCCACAUUCUCUCCCGAGGUGAGUCACCAUCUGGGAGCUUUGGCAUUCCUCAAGGGUACUGGAGCUUUUCCUGGGUAGCUGAGGAUGAUCUGAGCUUUCCCAACAAAUGGAUGCCCAUGUCAGAUUCCCUGUGCGACAGGAGCAACACAUGUGAGCAGAAUGUCGCUGGUGUCCCUGAGUUUACAUGGAGCAUAGUGGCUACAGGGGACACACGGGAAGAGCAGAACCAAAAGAGCGAAAAACGGGCAGGAAGUCCCCAAGGGUGGGAGGAAGGUAAGAGCCAAGGUCAGUUUUUUUGGGUGAAUGGUUCCAACUUUGGAGGGCCCUGGGUGCUGAGCCCUUGGUUGUGGAGUGGCCCAACUCCCUGCAGCAUCGACAUGGCUUUGUACCUGGACCCCAAGCAAAAUGGCCAAUAUACCAUAUGGCUCAUUGAGCGGGACAAGCCGCAACUUGCUCUCUUCUCAACUGACACCUUACCUCCUAUGACAGGCUGGGCCGUGGCUCACCUCACCUUGGGGACCCACGGGGGCUCGCCUUUCCGGAUCUCAGCCAGCUAUGACCAGCGAACGCUUGAUGACACGGCCAUGAUAGAGCCCAAUUUCACCACCAACUGCACUUUGGCGUCCUCAGCGGGCCCUACCAUCACUCUGGAGGGCCGCUACCACUGUCACCAGGGACCUGUGAUUACACUGGAUAAAUUAUGCGACUUCCGAACGGACUGUCCACUUGGGGAUGACGAGGGCGAGCGAUGUCGCCGCUUCCUGAAUGGCAGCUACUGCUCUUUUGAAGAAGAUGAGUGCAGUUGGCAGUCAAUGAUGGGUGUCCCUUGGAGAAGACUCCAGUCUUCAGCCAAGACCGCAAGACAGAGCUGCCCAUCCUCAGGUGCAACACUCAGUAUGGAGGGGAACCAGUUCAAAGGUCAACAUCACUCGGCAUUACUCAGGAGUCCUCUCUUUCCACCUCCUUUAAGAAACUCCCCUUGCACGGUGCGGUUCUGGAUGUGUUCUAGUGCUAUGCAGAAGGGGAUGCUGUCUUUGUGGAUAGCAGAGAACAGCACUGGCCCCAAGGAGCAGCGCCAACUGUGGCACUCAGCCAGCGAAGCUACAUCUCAGAGAGGCUGGAAAUUCAUCACAGUUCCACUUUAUGGACUGGCUGACUGGUUCUGGCUUCUUUUCGGAUCAGAAGAUGGACCUGGACCCGGUCCUGGGUCCAUUAUUUCACUUGACAACAUCUCUUUCAGCAUGAAUUGCUUCCUGGCUUCAAAUGGAGAGUUUCCACCGGUGGCCAGCAGUAGCGCAACCGGCUUGCCCGUGGGACCGCCGAUCACUGCCACAACCCCAUCCGUCGGGAUUCCUCUGAUGAACUCACCUACCAGAGAUUACUCCAAAAAAUGGAUUUUUACCACCUGUGGUGCUGGUGGUCCAGAAGGUCCCACUCCCUCCCAGUGCUUCAAUUCUUAUAGGAGCAGCAAAAUCAACGUGACUGUGGGCACACGAGGGCCCUUCAAAGGUUUUCAAAUGUGGCAGGUCCCUGAAACUGGCACAUACAGGAUUACAGCGUACGGUGCAGCAGGCGGCCGAAGCGUUAUGGCCAUGAGUAGAUCACAUGGCAUUUACAUCGCUGGAGACUUUUUGCUGAGGAAAGGAGAGCUGCUUCACAUCCUGGUCGGUCAAAAAGGAGAGGACGCAUGUCCCAGUUCCAACGCCAUGUUGAAUAAGAUCUGCUUGGAACAGACUGGCCCUAUGCUGAACAGGACUCAAGUGAAGGGUGGAGGUGGCGGAGGUGGUGGGGCUUCAUACGUAUUCAAGGUGCGCAACGGCCUCUCCAUCCCUCUCAUCAUUGCCGGUGGAGGAGGAGGCCGAGGCUACAGCAGCCAAUCGGGGAGCCAGCUAGAACAGAUGGACUAUGACCUCAGCCAACCGGGUCGCAAUGGAAAGUCAAAUGCUGCAGGUGGGGGUGGAGGAUGGAAUGCCAGUGCGCCAGUCAGUCAGGGCGGCAGACCUCUCGUUCUGGGGGGACAAGGAGGACAGCCCUGUCAAAAGUUCUGGCAGACACGAGGUGGCUUUGGCGGCGGUGGAGGCGGCUGUAUGGCUGGAGGCGGCGGUGGAGGAUACAGAGGUGGUAACACCUCAUUAAAUGACAAUCCCAAACACGAUGGUGAUGAUGGCACGUCCCUCUUCGGUCCUGCUGGAGAGCCCUACCUUUACCCUCUGAAAGCAAUGGAGAGCGACGGAGAGGUGAUCAUCAUUCCAGUUCGGAACUGCAGUCACUGCGAGAGUGGCGAAUGUCACGAGAUAAAGGGCGACAUUGUCUGCUAUUGUGAUGAUGACCUCAUCCUGGCACCCGAUGGCAUGUCCUGUAUCAACUCUACAGAGGUGUCCCUGCUGCCUCCCCAGCCGUCCCUCUCCCACUUGGCCCUCGGCCUGUCUGUCGGGACUUCGGCCCUCAUCGCCGCCCUGCUUCUGGCUGUGUCGGGAGUCAUGAUAAUGUACAGGCGUAAACACACAGAGCUGCAGUCAAUUCAGCUGGAGCUCCAGAGUCCAGACUGCAAGCUUGGUAAACUGCGGGCUUCUACCAUCAUGACUGACUAUAAUCCAAACUACUGCUUCGCCGGCAAGACCACGUCAGUCAAUGACCUGAAGGAAGUGCCACGACGCAACAUCUCCCUCACCAGGGGCCUCGGCCAUGGUGCUUUUGGUGAAGUAUAUGAGGGACUGGCGGUGGGAAUACCAGGCGAACCCAGUCCACUUCAUGUGGCAGUCAAGACCCUCCCUGAGGUUUGCUCAGAACAAGAUGAACUGGACUUCCUUAUGGAGGCUCUAAUCAUCAGUAAGUUCAGCCACCAGAACAUUGUGCGCUGUGUUGGGGUGAGUCUGCAGGCCAUGCCCAGAUUCAUACUUCUGGAGCUGAUGACCGGAGGAGACCUCAAGACCUUUCUCAGGGAGAUGAGACCUCGAUUGGAGCAAGCGUCCAGCCUGACCAUGGUUGACCUUCUCAAUGUAGCUCGAGAUAUCUCCAAAGGCUGCCAGUAUCUGGAAGAGAACCAAUUUAUCCACAGGGAUAUUGCGGCUCGUAAUUGCCUGCUGACGUGCAAAGGGCCGGGUCGAGUGGCCAAGAUUGGAGAUUUUGGGAUGGCUCGGGAUAUUUACAGAGCGAGUUACUACAGGAAAGGUGGUCGUGCCAUGCUCCCGGUCAAGUGGAUGCCACCUGAGGCCUUCAUGGAGGGCAUCUUCACAUCCAAAACAGAUACUUGGUCAUUUGGGGUUCUGCUCUGGGAGAUCUUCUCACUGGGCUACAUGCCUUAUCCAAGUCGCAGUAACCAAGAAGUGCUGGACUUUGUAACCAACGGUGGGAGAAUGGACCCACCCAAAAACUGCCCGGGGCCUGUGUACCGUAUAAUGACUCAAAGUUGGCAGCACCAACCCGAGGACAGACCAAACUUCUCAACUAUCCUAGAGAGAAUUGACUACUGCUUGCAGGACCCGGAUGUGGUGACCAUGCCCUUGCCUAUUGAAUACGGGCCUGUCCAGGAAGAAGAGGAGUAUGUAACAGCUCAUCCUGACAAUGCCUCGGGCGCCGCCGUGCUGGUCAACGCUCACGUGCCUGACGGGGAACUUUCAGAGGCGCAAGCACGCUACCGCUCAGAGGAGAGCCAAAGAGGCGCCGAGCACACAGCCCCGUCCGAAGCCAAAGCGCAGACGGCGUCUCAGCCCCAAGCGUACCUCCAUCAACACCAGCAACCUCACACGCAGACCUCGGUGACGACGACCGGCACCCUCGCGGCGGCGGCGAGCGCCACCCUCACUGCCAAGGGAAGCGCCCAGCCCGGCCCAGAGGGGGGCCACAUCAACCUGGCCUUCAACCAGGGUCACCCAGCAGAGGAGAAGAGCCACAACGGGAAGAGCAGCAGUCUUUGGAACCCCACGUACGGCUCGUGGUUCUUGCAGCAGCUACAGAGGAAGCAGCAGCAGCGGCAAGGGGGCGUGGGGGGGAGUUUGGCCGGCACCAGCGGCAGGGUGCCCGGCGAAGGCCAGGAGCACGUGGGACGGACUGUGGCCGAGGUGGCUGGCUCGAUGGGUCUCCAGCAUAAGUUUCAAUAUCAGCAUCAGUUUCAGAUGCUGCAGCAUCAUCAGCAGCCGCCGCAGGGUCUCUGCAGACCCUUGUUAGCACCCCCUCCGCCAGCAAGCCAGUCCCCCCUCCUUUUAGAUUCUGGCACUUUGCCACCCGGUCCGGUGUACAGACUCAGGCGGUUCCCCUGCGGGAGUAUUGGCUACGGCUACCAGGAGCAAGACGUGUCGACGGAGGCGGCUUUGGCUCCGGCGCCGACUCCGACUCUGACUCCGACUCAGCUGGUUCCCUCCCAACAGAGUGCACCGGCGGCCCACCAGAGGGCCCCCGCCUCGGUGUCUCUGGGUCGGUCGGGAUUAUCGGAAGACAGCCGACCGCUCUUGGUCACCAUGGGGACGGUGCAGGACACCCGGCUGCCCAGAAUGGAGGGUCACAACGCCACUGUGCUUUAACCAACAUGCCUGUGCAGUUGGAUUCACUCCCCAACUUUGGUAACUGUAACUGACUAGACGACAGCAAACGCUGUGUCAGCAAACCUUUGCUUUCUCCCUCCGGUUUGGAAACAACCUUUUGAGCAUAAGCAAAAAAGCUCAAUCCGUGAAGCUUUUAUUAUGAGAACCCCGCAGGGUGUCAAAUCCCCAACUGAACAUGAAAGCACAUCAGACACUGGAUGGCAAAUGGAAUUCAAAGGAUAGUUUUGGAGUCCAGAAAAUGUAUUUUUGCAUCGUAAAGUAGGCAUGACUGAGAGCUCACAGAGUGGAAUUUAUAGCAAAUAUUUAAGUUUUUCUGCGUCACAAACUGAGAGACCAUUAUUCUGAUUUCGACCUCGCCGACUUCAGACGUUGAUUCCCAAACUCUGAUGACUGAGGAGACCAAUUUCAAAGUUGCUGCUGCCAGCCCCAUGUUUCAUUUCGAUUGCAGGACCCUCAAAUUACCCCCAUUUUUCACACGGCAAAAAAAGAAAAAAAGAAA